CGGCGCCGCGCUACCGACCUCGUGCCACCGUGUUCCAAAAAUAAAGAAAAAACAUCGCUCGGAUUUUAAUUAAAUCAAUUAUAGAAACGUUUGUAUAAACUGUUUAUAAUAUGGAAAGUAAUAACUCUGUACCGGCACCGCCAGAUGUAACACCACCAUUACCAUCAAUUCCCAGUGUUGAAAAGAAAGUCGGUUUCGCCAGACCGACUUUGAUAAUUCCACCUCCUCGAACAUCGCAAAAUUCUCCGAGGGUAUUUUUGAACGUUCCAGAAGAUGGUCCUAAAAGGAAACCUUCGUUAAUGUUCGACCACAUAAAUCAAUUAAGAGAUUUAGGUUUAAGUACUGCUAAGACAAGUUUAGGUGCUAGUGAGCGGUGCGCAUACUGGUUGUAUAGUAAAGUAAAAGCUUUAAGUAAAAAGUGGUUUACGCAUUGUUUUCUGACUAUUGUACUAUUAAUUUACACUGUUGGAGGUGCUUUAAGCUUCAAAGCGAUCGAAGAAAACAAAAAAGAGGAAACCGGGGAAGUACAAGGGGAAAGUAAAGAUGCCAAAGGAAGCAAAGAAAAUAUAGAAAAAGAGACUAACGUAGUGAAUGAUGAUAGUAACAGCACUGGAAAUGAAAAGAAAAAUACCGAAGAUAAGAAGAUUGAAGCUGGAGGAAAUAAUGCAGCUUUUCAGGAAGAGAAAAAUAAGGAGACCGAAGAAUUAAAGGAUAAACAAAACAAUGAAAUUGGAGAAACUGCAGAUGAAGCAACUGUUGGCAAAAUAAACGAGAACAAGAAAGUGGAGACUACUGAAGAAAAAACUGAAAACGCAAAGAAAAAAGUUGAGCAACAUAAUUCAACUGAAAAUGGAGAAGUGUUGCCGUUGCCUAAUGCUAGCAAGGAUGAUGGCGAAGUAUGUAUUGAGAAAGUCGACGAAAAGAGAAAUUUACUCUGUGAUUAGCCCUUAGAAGGAAGCGUCGUGCUACGACUCGAUAUCUGGGCGUUAAGACAAACACUAAUAGGAGAAUUAACAAAUUUAUCACGGUCAAUGCCUUACGAUAACCAAACGGAACAAUGGGCAAAGCAGGCCACUGAUAAAAUAGACAGUUACGUAGGGCAAGUUAUCGAAGACCAAAGAAUUGAAGCAUUUCUUAAAGCUAAUAGUGGACCUAAAGUUUGGACGAUAUGGAACUCGGUGGUAUUUUGUGCCACUAUUUAUACUACUAUAGUCCUGGCUAGGUUAAGGUUGAAUUUUAGUACUUGCGUCGCGUUUGAUGUGGCUUUAGAUGAAUAUACAAUAUAA